CGGGGUGGUAUAUAUAUGACACGACCUGGAAAUCCAUGUUUACACUUACUCACUGCUGACCUACUAACGGGUUCUUAUCACCAAAUACGGCCGCUUACAGGUUAAUACAUCAUAUAGUACGCGGAGAAUUUGUAAUUUGAAGGGAAUACCUUAUCUGUUAGUUGGGACGUUCCCGGAUCCCAAGUUGAGACCGUCAAACAGCUGUCAACAUUCGGAAGACAUCGUCAAAACAACAGACUCGCGUGAGACGCCUUAUAACGAGGUGAAUAUCGCGUCGCUAUAUCCUGCUAUCUGGGUGACAGGGUCCGGAGUGGUGCAACAAUAACGGUUGUUUCAUGGACGUGACAGUGUGAAGUUUAUGCCAGUUGUGGUGACACUGUUCGUAGUCGUCAGCUGUGUUUCAAUUCGACAUGGGUACUGCUGAAGAGAAAACACCCCUUUUAAGUUCGGGGGCGCACGAGAACGUACAGUACAACGAGGAUGUCAAGUUCAAGCCUGGUGAUACCUCAAAGAAUAAGGGAGAUGAAGAGAAAAAUACAAAAUCAGCGACAUUUGGGGAAAUGUUCCAGUUUGCAACAUGCCUGGACGUUUUCUUCAUGUUUGUCGGUACGCUGUCGGCCAUGGUACACGGAGCUGGCUGGCCACUUCUCUCCAUUGUGUUCGGCGACAUGACCAAUGAUUUCAUCGGGACUGGUAAUGCCUCAAUGCCGGAUAUGAAUGGUACAGCCGGUAACUGGACACCACCUCCAAUUGACUUUGAAGAACAGAUGACCCAGUAUUCACUGUACUAUAUUUAUAUUGGGGUAGGAGUCAUGGUCGCUUCAUACAUGCAGGUGUCAUUCUGGACCAUGUCCUGUGAACGUCAGACAUACAAGCUGAGAAAGGCGUUCUUCAAAGCUGUUCUGAGACAAGAGAUUGGCUGGUUUGAUGAACAUCAAAGUGGCGAAUUGACCACACGACUUGCAGAUGAUCUGGAGAAAUUAAAAGAAGGUAUUGGAGAUAAGUUCAGCUUGUGCGUUCAGUUUUUCUCUGCGUUCAUCUCGGGAUUUGUCAUCGGCUUUAUAUAUGGAUGGAAGUUGACGCUGGUGAUGAUGUCACUGACUCCUGUGCUUGCCAUAGCAGGUGCAUUCAUGUCCAAGGCCAUUGCAUCAUUUUCAAAACGAGAACAAGAGAAGUAUGCCGAGGCAGGGAGCGUGGCAGAGGAAGUGCUGUCCUGUGUCCGAACGGUCAUCUCAUUUAAUGGACAAAAGCAAGAGAUAACAAGGUACUCCAGUGCCCUUGAGGACAGUAAAAAGCUUGGUAUACGGAAGGCUGGCAUCACUGGUGUUGGUAUGGGCAUCACGCUGUUUGUCAUGUUUUCAGCCUACGCUCUGGCAUUUUGGUUUGGCUCGACUCAGGUGGCAGAGUGGCAGCAAUCCAACAUGCAGGAGGGACUGUCUCCGGGCAUUGUCUUCACUGUGUUUUUCUGUGUCAUGAUUGGCUCCUUCUCCAUUGGCAACGCAACCCCACAUGCCAGUGCCAUAGCAACCGCCAAAGGAGCAGCUUCUGCUGUUGUAGAAAUCCUCAAGAAUGUACCGUCAAUCGAUGCCUCCGCUGAUGCUGGGAUUCGACUUCAGUCAGUCAAAGGGCUCAUGGAGUUCCGAAAUGUGGAGUUUUCCUACCCAACCAGGAAAGAAGUGAAGGUGAUGAAGAACUUCAACCUGACGGUUCAGCCCGGGCAGACCGUGGCCCUCGUUGGCGCCAGUGGGUGUGGCAAGUCUACCACAGUCAACCUCAUUCAGAGGUUCUAUGACCCAGAUUCAGGAAAUGUGUACCUGGAUAACACCAACUUGAAGGAACUGAACAUCCCCUGGCUCAGACAAAAUAUCGGCAUCGUGUCACAGGAACCAAUUCUGUUUGGCUGCACUAUCAGGGAGAAUAUUCUCCUCGGCAACCCUGAUGCAACUGAGGCAGACAUCAUGAAGGCAUCAAAGCAGGCUAACGCUCACGACUACAUCACCAAACUACCCCAGGGUUACGAUACCCUGGUUGGAGAGCGGGGAGCUCAGCUAUCUGGAGGACAGAAACAGAGGGUGGCCAUCGCCCGCGCCCUGGUCCGCGACCCCAAGAUCCUGCUGUUGGAUGAGGCCACCUCAGCUCUGGACUCUGCGAGUGAGGGCAUAGUGCAGGCGGCUCUAGACAAGGCCCGAGAAGGACGCACGACUAUCAUGGUUGCUCACCGACUAUCCACAAUCCAGAACGCCGACGUCAUCUACGUGCUGCAGGACGGCGAGAUCGUGGAACAGGGGAAACACUCCGAGCUGAUGUCCCACAACGGGCCGUACUACCAGCUGGUCACUCUGCAGACCAUCGCGGAGGAGGUCGAUGCUGAUGACAAGAAAGCAUCCGUUGAGAACGGCCAUGUCUCUGAUGGAGAACCCUUCAAACGUGUGGACUUUAAACGCCAGUCAUCGAAAGCCAAGACCCCUGCAGCAGACCACCAGGUUUCCCGUCAGGUGUCAAGUCAAACAUCCAAACCAAAAACAAAGGAAGAAGAGGCAGAGGAAGAGGAAGUCACCAAGCCUGGGUUUUGUCGAAUGAUGCAGGAGAAUUCACCUGAACUGCCUUUCAUCAUCAUGGGGUGUAUCGCUGCCUCCCUCAAUGGCUGCACUAUGCCACUGUUUGCCGUGUUCUUCAGUGAAAUUAUCAGGGUGUUCGGAGAGACAGGAGACCAGCUAAAGGAUGACGCUGUGUUCUGGAGCCUCAUGUUCCUGGCGCUAGGUGGCGCCAACUUCCUCACAAACUCCAUCCAGACCUAUUCAUUUGGCCAAUCAGGCGAGAGACUGACAAUGAGGCUGAGACUGAAGACAUUCAAGAACAUACUCCGACAGGAUGUGGCUUACUUCGAUGACCCCAAGCACUCGUCAGGUGCCUUGACCACAAGACUGGCCACAGAUGCGUCCAUGGUCAAAAAUGCGACAGGCAUUCGUCUAGCUACCAUGAUUCAGUCUCUCGUGGGUCUGGCUGCCGGUCUUGUCAUUGCCUUUAUCUUUGGCUGGAAAUUAGCUCUGGUUGUCCUGGGCGGUGUACCUGUCAUGGCUUUAGCAGGUGCUGCCCAGAUGAAGGCUGUCACUGGAAACCAGAAGCGGGACUCAGAACUUCUGGAGGAUGCUGGAAAGACUGCUGCUGAAGCCAUAGAGAAUGUCCGGACGGUGCAGUCACUUACCAGGGAGAAGCAUUUCUAUGACCAGUAUUGUGCUGACAUUCUCAAACCCUACAAGGAGAACAUGAAGCAGGCCCAUAUUUAUGGCAUCUCCUUUGGCUUCUCACAAGGCGUUGUGUUUUUGCUGUACGCCGGAGCGUUCCGGUUCGGGGCCUACCUCGUCUCCAUCGGCGACAUGGAAGCAAAUUCUGUGUACAGGGUCUUCUUCGCCAUAGCCUUCACUGGAAUGGCCGUUGGUCAAGCGUCCUCCUUCCUGCCCGACUACACAAAGGCCCGGCUGUCUGCCGGACUCAUCUUCAAGCUGCUUGACACCAUCCCCUUCAUCGACGUCUACAGCAACAAAGGCAUCGUCCAGAGUAACGUGAGUGGCGAGAUCACGUUAAAGAACGUCCAGUUCUCCUACCCCACGAGACCUGAUGUGCAAGUGUUGCGGGGUUUGAACAUCAACAUCAAGCCUGGAGAAACUGCAGCGCUUGUCGGAAUCAGCGGAUGUGGGAAGAGCACAGUUGUCUCCCUUCUUCAGAGAUAUUACGACACUUCUAGUGGGGAAAUUCUGAUUGACGGCACAAAUAUACGCGAGUUUAAUCUCGCCACGUUGCGGUCAUUCAUCAGUGUCGUGAGCCAGGAACCGAUUCUGUUUGACUGCAGUAUUCGGGAAAACAUAGCAUACGGCCUUGAGCGUGACGUCAGUAUGGCCGAGGUCAUUCAGGUUGCCAGGACAGCCAAUAUACACGAGUUUAUUUCUAACCUACCCCAGGGGUACGAGACGACCGUUGGAGAGAAAGGCACCCAGUUGUCGGGGGGACAGAAACAGCGAGUCGCCAUCGCCCGGGCACUGGUUCGCAACCCACGAAUCCUCCUCCUGGAUGAAGCGACGUCUGCCUUGGACACAGAGAGUGAACAGGUUGUGCAGUCGGCGUUAGACAACGCAAGUGAAGGCAGGACUUGCCUCGUCAUUGCUCACCGACUUUCCACCAUACAAAACGCAGAUGUUAUUUUCAUGGUUGAGAAUGGAUCCAUCAUUGAACAGGGAUCACAUCAAGAACUAUUAGCAAAGAAAGGUGCUUACGCGACCUUAGUGGAAGGCCAGCAGUUCAACAAGUCUUGAAGAAAGUUUAUUCUAGAAUCCUUUGACAUUUAAAAAAAAAAAAAAAAAUUUGAAUUACUGUUUUUGAUUUCUGGAAAAUAUUAUAAAUAGAUUAGAUUAGAUUUACUUCUUUUCUUCAAGUUAUGAUUACGAAUAAUUGAGUAUUAAAAAAACAUUCACCAUGUACAACUGAUCCCAGAUGAGCUUCUUACCAAUAAACUUGUUUAUUUUAUAUUUUUUUAGUACUGCUUCUUGUAACUAGUACAGAAGGACUCUUGAAUGUGUAUGUGAAAAAUGAGUCAUUUUUAUCAUGUUUAUACAUCAGAAUUUCUGAAAAAGACAAAAUGUGAUGUCCUGAUACCAACUGAUGUGUGAUAAGACCUGUUUCUUGUAUCUUGAUGUUAUUUCCAAUCAACUUAUGAUUGAUUUGUUUUAUGUGAUGCUAAGUGUUCAUGAAUAUAUAUUUUACCUGACACUUUGUGUUCUGCUUCUAUGUUUUAACAACCUUGGUUUUGAUAAUAUGACAUUGUUUCUAGUAUUUCUGCAACAUAUAAACAUGCAUAUGUUUAAAUACACAAAAAUGGUAUUUGAUAGUGUGCAUUUGUUUAAAAUAAAUCUUGAUAUGCGUGAAUGUGAAAGAUAAUGAAAUUAAUGCUUCACCCCAAGAAAGCUGAAAGCCUUCUUGUUACUUGCGGUUUAUUCAGUACAUUUACAACAAUUAUGUUAUUAUGGUAAUAUUUGAAUACAAUUUCCUAUCUGAAACUGAUUCUACAAAAACCACUAAACUUGGCAUGCUACUCUGGCAUAGUGUUGUCAUCAGCUUUUGUCACUCGACUUCGAUUUUAUUUUAUGUUGCCAUAUUAGACUCAGGUAUUUGAAUUUCCUUCUUGUUCAUGAUACGUUUCCCAGCAACUAGUGGUGUUCUGAAUUAUUGAAAUAAUUGAAGAUGGAUCCGAGUGGUCCAGUCGACCAAGCAAUCAUAGGCAAUUUUCCAUGACUGUACACAAACGAUGUUCUGUAUGGUUUAUUCACUACUUACUACUAAUAAAGACAGAGCGAAGCCAGUGUCUUUCCUAAAAAAAUACUGAAUAAAUAAGUCUUGUGUCGGAAGGGGUGAUAAUUGGGAUUGUUCACUGGCCAAUGUAUUAGCAAAUAUCGCUGUGGUCGCUUAUUAGAGCGGGGCGCUUAUUACGUUGAAUACGGUAGGUAUUAAUAAUAUUUGGUUAGUGAAUCUAACACAGUUAAGUAUGUAUUUUAUUGCGCAAGGGGCAAUUAUGAACAAAUGUACCAAAUUCAUACUUGAGUGAGUGUUGUGAGUUUGGUUUUAUGCCGCUUGUAGCAAGAUUCCAGCAAUAUCGCGGAAGGGGGACACCAGAAAUGGGCUUCACACAUUGUACCCAUGUCGGGAAUCGAACCCGGGUCUUUGGCAUGAGGAGCAAAUGCUUAAACCACGAUGCUACCCGACCGCCCCUCAUACUUUAUUACAGACAUUAAGGGAAAUCACUCAUCUUAACAGUUCUCCAUAGAAGUAUGACACAAUUUAUCUUUUGAUCAUAAUAUAACCACACAUUCAGCUGUACAAAACCAUUUUAAUUUCUGUAUGUUAGUAUGCUAAAUGCAGCAAAUGAAUAAAAACAUUCUUUUUCCUAUUUAUGAAAUGAGGUUACAAUGCAAUGUCAUGUGUCUAAAACUUAUUGUGGUGCUACUCUCAUUAACUUUUGUCCUUAGCAAUACUUGACCUGUUUUGGAAUGGAAAAACUCACAUAUUCUCCAUAUAUUUUGGAGAGUUUUGACUUUUAGUCUACGAUUCUCACCUGCAUAUCGGUUUAUUUUGGCGACAGACUUAAAAAAUACCUCAUACAUGACAGUUGCACAGCAAAACCAACUUCACACCAUUAGAGAUCCUUCAGUCAAAGUGUUUGAGAGGAAAUGGAGGUAUAUUAUUUUACUGCAUGAUCUCAUUAACAUGUGAUACCAGAGGGAUUGCCUGCAUUGUCAAUACAGUGUUACAAAGCUUUUUAUCAUACCUGCAUGUCAGACUGUUGAGAUGCGAUUGGUUCAUGUGAUCUUGAUUAAGUAUUAUGUACCCCGCCUGGGAGAGAAAUAUAUUUCUGAAUUGGAGAAACAUGCUGCAGAUGGAUUUCUGAGCUGAUAAUAAAUCCCUUAUACCCUGCUACAAAGCAAUAAACCACAUGCUGUUUUCUGGUGAAUGAAAGUCACGUGACACAGCACCAAUUAACCUCAGCUCAAUCAAACAGCUGUUUACUAUGAAUAUUCAAUUUGUCUUAAUUCUUUUCAGAUAGUGGAUUGAAACAUAUUGGCAAGACAAUUGGUUGUAAAUACUGCUACAAUUAUCUGAAAUGCAGGCUUGUUGCCCUUAGAAUAGCAGUUUGCUUGUAAAUAGACGGCCAUAUUAGCUCCAUAAUAUAACUGAACAUGUCUGUGUGAUAUAUUUUUUUGAAUAUAUAGUCCUGUCUCAUUUUAUUUAACUUGAUAAAAUGAGACCCUUUUAAGCCAUGGAUCACAUAUGUGCAUCUUAUAUUGAGAAUAAACCUAAUGUACAGUUA